CACCGUACGAUAUGUUGGGCUGAGAUGUGGUCGCUGGCUAGGGAAGGACCAGACACGAUCUUCUUAAGGUUAUCUUGAGAUGAUUUCGGGGCUUUAUAGUGUCCCCGCGGCCCGGUCCUCGACCAGGUCUCCCUCCACCCCCAGGAAGCAGCCCGUGACAGCUGACUAGCACCCAGACUGAUGACAGCACUCGGCAACGUCUCGGCUUUGUCAGCUGCUGUUCUCUAUGGAGUCCUCUCAUUGUCCAUGGCAUUCCUCAACAAGGCUGUUAUUAGUCAAUACAAAUUCAAUUUCCCAUUUUUUAUAUUAUCAUGCCAGAUGAUGUUAACGUUAAUCAUUUUGGAAGUAAUGCGGGCAUUGGGGAAAUUUGGGUUGCCAAGUAUUACAAUGGCAGCGGUUAAAAUGUUUGCCUUUCCUGCAUUUUGCUACUCCUUGCAUGCCAUAUUGUCCUUGGUGGCCUUGGCAGGUAUGAAUAUUCCAAUGUAUGGUGCUGUUAAACGUUGCACACCCUUAGUUAACUUGGUUCUGGCUGUAACAUACCUGAGAAAACCGAUGCCAUCUUCGCUUGUGAUAACUUCAAUUGUCACUAUUACAAUCGGAUGCUUAAUAGCUGGAAUGGGUGACCCAAGCUUUAAUGGGUUUGCAUACAUGUUUGGAGGCGUGAGUGUGGUGCUGCAGGCAGUGUACCAGACCCUAGUGCAACAGUGUGGUGAGAACAAGCUCUCUCCACUACAUGUUCUUCACCUCAAUAGCUGUAUCUCUCUUGUUCCAUUUGUUAUUCUUACUUUUGGUAAAGGGGAACUAAAGGCUGUCCUUACUUACCAGUAUAUUGGAGAUAGGAGUUUUCAUUUGAUCUUCAUUACGCUUCUGGUCAUGGGUCUACUUCUGAACUUUUCCAUGUUCCUGUGUACAAUGCUUAACUCUGCACUCACUACUUCGAUUGUGGGUGUGUCAAAGAGUGUUUUGCAGACCUUCAUUGGAUUCUUCACAUUUGGUGGAGUUAUCUUUGAUGCAGUGAACAUUGCAGGAAUUGCAUUAAACACAUGUGGAGGAGUGCUGUACACCUAUGCCAAGUAUGAAGACCAGAAAACAAGGUGGAGGAAAAUAGAUCUUGGAGACACUGGGAUACAGCAAGCUGGAUGGGAACUAAAAGAAAAGUUAAUGCCUGUUAGUUGAUGAAUUAAUUCCUUUAGAAACUUUUGUUGCACUGCAACUUAUAUACAUAUGUAAUAAACUUCUGACUUUUAAUUUAUUUUGAAAAGCGUCGUGACAUUUGUACUCAUUUAAUUUUAAAGAUGUAAUUUGUUAAUUGUCUGUAAUUCAGCUACAUUGACUUGCAUCUAAAAAAUAAUUAAUCUUUGUGAGAAUGGAAUACUGGUUGUGUUUGAACCCAUUGAUCUUUUGUUCUUUGGCAUCACUUGUAGAAUGCCAAAGAACAAAAAGCCUUUAGGUUUAAACUGGCUCAUAUUUAAUGUCUAGCCUUGAGCACUUUUCUUCACACUCCCACUCUGUUUCCAUCUUCACCGAUGGGUCCAAGUCUGCUGACGGUGUGGGCUACUCUGUUGUUUUCCUGACCACACUUAUAUGUGUCGCUUACCUCCGGAGA